AUGCCAUUAACCAGGGAACAGCAACUUGAAAUAAGAAGUGCGGCCGACGUAUCUAUUAAACAACUUUGUCAAGAUCAAACUUUUAUUAAAUCCAUCGUCGAUAGUGUUUCUGCUGGUAUAGUGCAAAUUUUAAAUAGCAAACUUGAUGUUUAUGAGAAAAAGAUCGACGACCUAAAAACUGAAAUAACAAAAAUAAAAACUGACCACGAAGUCGAAAUACAGACAAUUAAGGCAAGCCUAAUUGACUUAAACAAAAAAGGGGAUUCCUUCGAUAUGAUAAAAAUAACGACAGAGUUGAACCAAAUUAAAAGAAAAGAAAGUAAUAUUUUAAUAUUUGGUGUUCCUGAAACUGAAAUUCAUUUGCAAGCUUAUAUUGAAAAUAUGUUUACAGCUAUAUCAAUGAAUCGAAAUCCGCAAUUAAAUGGUUUACAUGUUUCCCGUUUAGGUCUACAACCGUCAGCCAACUCAAAUAAAUGUCGUCCAAUUAAAGUUAAGUUUCCGAAUAGUAAUCAAGUGACUAAUUUUUUAAAGCUAAAUCCCAAACUCAAAUCAUUAGACUGUUAUAAGAAUAUAUAUAUGAGGUCAGAUCAAACUGUUAUGCAACGUGAGUAUACUUCAAAAAUCAAAAAGGAACUUAGCGAUCGUUUGGCAGCAGAAUCUUGGCUUCGGGAUGGAGUACGCAGUAGUGAACUAUUUCCUGAAGACACCUACUCAGUUUAUCGUAAAGAUCGAAGUUUUGGCAAGUUUGGAGGAGGAGUGAUUUUUGCUGUAAAUAAUAACGUGUGUCAUUCAGAACAACAUAGUGUAGUGUUUCCUAUAGAAAAAAUUGAUGUUUUAUGUGUUAAAGUUUUCAAAACCAAUAUCAAACCAAUCUUCUUUAUAACAGUUUAUAUCCCACCUAACGUGACAUUUAGUGAGUAUUCUGAUUUUUUUGACUAUAUUGAAACUUUCCAUGAAACUCAUGAGGUCGUUUUGAUUGGAGAUUUUAAUUUAACAGAUCUUGCGGCAUAUUAUGUUAAUAAUAGUCAAAUAACUCCUUUAAUUAAUAGAUUUGUUCAACUAUUAAACUAUACAGAUUCUGUACAAUGUAACAAAAUAAAAAAUAUACAUGGAAAGAUAUUAGAUUUGAUUGUAACACCGUCAGUUUUUAGUUGCGAAGUUACACCUGAAGUCAAUGCCUUAGUUCCUAUUGAUUAUCAUCAUCCUGCUUUAACUUGUUAUUUUCCGUAUGAAGUCAAAGAAGAUGAAUAUUUUGUUCCGAAUCAGAAACGUCUUAAUUUUAGAAAAUAUAACGUAAAUAAAUUUAAUAAACUUUUAACCGAAAUGGACUGGAGUCAUUUAAAACAUUUUUCAGAUGUAGAUUCUGCUGUAGAUUCGUUUAGUUUGUCUCUCCAAGAAAUUAUAGAUAAAUGUGUUCCACUUAGUUCAACUAGAUCUCAAAAAUAUCCAGCAUGGUUUACAUCUGAAAUAAUCGCCAAAGUUAAACGUAAACAUCAUUAUCUGAGAAUGUAUAGACGAAGUAAAUAUUGUUUUUACCUCCAACGAGCUAAAGAUCUCAGGAGAACUAUUAAAUUAGAAAUACAACUAGAAUAUAAAAAAUUUAUUGAAAGAUCCCAAAAUUCUUUUAAGUCAGAUGCGAGACAAUUUUGGAACUUUGUUAAUGCCAAAAAUAAUAAAUCACGGAUACCUGGUCUGAUGAAAUACGGUAGUGAUAAGUUUACCACGAGUCAAGAUAUAGUAAACGCAUUUGCAAACUUCUUUAAGAGUGUUUAUAUUUCUGAUAGUAAUAGCUCUCCUUCUGUUACAUCUUAUUUUAAUUAUAAUCCAAGUUCUUACUUUAAUAUCGGUAAAAUUACCAGUAACGAUAUUAUAGAAGGUGCAAAGAAAUUAAAAAAUAAAUUUUCCUGCGGUCCUGAUAAUUUUCCUGUUUCGAUACUUAAAUGUCACGUCGAGUCAUUCAUAGAACCACUUGUUAGACGUCGUACAGUGCGUACAGAAGAUGUUGUUGCUGCUGUUGAGCGUAGCAUAGAGGAAGACCCGCUUCAGUAUACCUAUACGCCAUCGUGCACAGCAGUUGAAUAUGUGUCCAUCCACUUUAUGGAAGAUUUUGUGAAAAGAUCUUGGUUCACGUGCUUACAAAUUUCAACUCGCGCAGGAAUUGAAGCCACACGAUCACCUAGCAAGGCGUAG